AUGGGUGAAGCCUUAGCUGCUCGUCUUGCUACAUCGUUGGCAUCUUCUCUUUAUCUCAAAUGGUUUAUCCUGGAAGGAGACUCACAAGUAGUUAUAUUGGCUCUUCAAAAGCCCAAUGUAUUGCAUGAUGUAGAUGGUCCAACUAUUGAAGUUGACAAGAAGCUCAAGGAUGAAGAGAAGCUUGUAGAACAAACUAGUGGAUACAAUGAGGUUGAUGAUGAGCAAGAAUCUGCUACAAGUGAUGAUGGUAGAGCUCAGAGUGAGGAUGCAUCUCCUCCUAUUGAUGGGACAAAGAAUAUCAAAAAGGAUGAAGCUAGACCAAGGACCAUUCCCCCACUUGGCACUGGGCAAAGGAUAUAUGAAAUAGAUCCACUUCUGAAUAGUCAUCGUGAACAUCUUGACUACCGUUAUCGACAAUACAAAAGACUACGUGAGGAAAUUGACAAGCAUGAAGGUGGUUUGGAGGUGUUUUCUCGUGGUUAUGAAAAAUUUGGUUUCACGCGCAGUGCCACAGGUAUAACUUAUCGAGAGUGGGCACCUGGAGCUAAGUCAGCAGCCUUGAUAGGGGAUUUUAACAAUUGGAAUCCUAAUGCUGAUAUUAUGACCCGGAAUGAGUUUGGUGUCUGGGAGAUCUUUUUGCCAAAUAAUGCAGAUGGUUCUCCGUCAAUCCCACAUGGUUCUAGAGUGAAGAUCCGCAUGGAUACUCCAUCUGGCAUUAAAGAUUCCAUUCCUGCUUGGAUCAAGUUCUCUGUACAGGCUCCAGGUGAAAUCCCAUACAAUGGCAUAUACUAUGAUCCGCCAGAAGAGGAAAAGUACGUAUUUAAGCAUCCUCAGCCAAAGAAACCGAAAUCACUUAGGAUAUAUGAGUCACAUGUCGGAAUGAGCAGUACGGAGCCAAAAAUCAAUACAUAUGCCAACUUUCGAGAUGAGGUGCUGCCACGCAUCAAAAGACUUGGUUAUAAUGCUGUUCAGAUCAUGGCUAUUCAAGAGCAUUCGUAUUAUGCUAGCUUUGGGUACCAUGUCACGAAUUUUUUUGCCCCUAGCAGUCGUUGUGGAACUCCUGACGAUCUUAAGUCCCUAAUAGAUAGAGCCCAUGAGCUAGGUCUGCUUGUUCUCAUGGAUAUCGUUCAUAGCCAUGUAUCGAAUAAUGUGUUAGAUGGGCUGAACAUGUUUGAUGGAACUGAUAGUCAUUACUUCCACUCUGGGUCACGUGGAUAUCAUUGGAUGUGGGAUUCUCGCCUAUUCAAUUAUGGAAACUGGGAAGUACUAAGGUUUCUUCUAUCAAAUGCAAGAUGGUGGCUGGAAGAAUACAAGUUUGAUGGGUUCAGAUUUGAUGGUGUGACAUCAAUGAUGUACACUCACCAUGGUCUGGAGGUAGCUUUUACUGGAAAUUAUAAUGAGUAUUUUGGAUUUGCAACGGAUGUGGAUGCUGUGAUUUACCUGAUGUUGGUCAAUGAUCUCAUUCAUGGACUUUAUCCUGAUGCUGUUAGCAUUGGUGAAGAUGUCAGUGGAAUGCCAACAUUCUGCAUUCCUGUCCAAGAUGGUGGUGUGGGCUUCGAUUACCGCCUUCACAUGGCGAUUGCUGAUAAAUGGAUCGAGAUUCUCAAAAAGAGGGAUGAGGACUGGAAAAUGGGUGAUAUCGUUCACACACUCACCAACAGAAGGUGGUUGGAGAAGUGUGUUGCUUAUGCUGAAAGUCAUGACCAAGCUCUUGUUGGUGACAAGACAAUUGCAUUCUGGUUGAUGGACAAGGAUAUGUAUGACUUUAUGGCUUUAGACAGGCCAUCAACUCCCCUUAUUGAUCGUGGAAUAGCAUUGCACAAAAUGAUCAGGCUAAUUACCAUGGGAUUGGGUGGAGAGGGAUAUUUGAAUUUCAUGGGAAAUGAAUUUGGACAUCCCGAGUGGAUUGAUUUUCCAAGGGUUGAACAACGCCUUCCUAAUGGCAAAGUACUUCUUGGGAACAAUUUGAGUUACGAUAAAUGCAGGCGUAGAUUUGAUCUUGGGGACGCAGAGUUUCUAAGGUAUCGCGGAAUGCAAGAAUUCGAUCAGGCAAUGCAACAUCUAGAAGAAACUCAUGGUUUCAUGACUUCUGAGCAUCAAUAUGUAUCACGGAAGGAUGAAGGAGAUAGAAUUAUCGUCUUUGAAAGGGGAAACCUUGUUUUUGUCUUCAAUUUUCAUUGGACCAACAGCUAUUCAGACUACCGAGUGGGCUGCUUGAAGCCAGGAAAAUAUAAGGUUGUUUUGGAUUCCGAUGAUCCAUUAUUCGGUGGCUUCAGUAGGAUUGAUCACCGUGCUGAGUACUUCAGCUCUGACGGGCGGCAUGAUAACCGGCCUCAUUCUUUUCUAAUAUACGCACCUUGUAGAACAGCAGUGGUCUAUGCUCUAGCAGAAAACAAGCCCGAGCCUGUCAAACGCUGAUUUAAACUGGAUCAAGCUUCUCCACGAUGUGAUGAUUUGUCUUUCUGCACUCCUGGAUUUGACCAAAAUAUAUUUUCUACUAAAUGCAGUUUUGGCCUUGUAAAUUUUCCAUUGCCACCCACCCAGAGAUGGGACGAUCGAGACAGGAGUAAAGGCAAGAACAUACGGACAAAAUUGCUUAUUCAUGCGGUGCGACCACCCCUGCACGAGCAUCUCUGGCAUCCUGUAUAUGUUUUUGGUGCAUUAUCUUGAUUAGCUAAAUUAUGGUGGGUUGCGUGGAUGCAGGCAAGACAUUUUUUAUGUAUAGCAAGCAACUAAUUGUAGUUGUCAAUGUCUGGUAUUAGGUACUUAUUACCCAUCUAAUAAAAUGCAAGAUAUUAGGCUGGAACAA